GGCAAAGGCGCCGUGGUGCGGUCGCCACUCGUCGGCUCGGAGCUGGGCUGGGAAGGUGCGAGCGAUGCUGCAGUGCUGACCCGUGCCGGCCGGGCCUCGCGCAUCAUGGUCCCGGGGUUACCGCCCGCGGGCUACUGCCUAUGGGCCAGCUGCGCCUGAUCAGCGGCCGCCUCCCCGAUGCUCCCGGCCCCCCUGCCUCAUCGCCGCUGCUCCCGCCGGGGCGAAGGAGGCUGUUGCUGCUUCUCCUCUUCAUCAUGCUCGCCUUGUGGCUUUGCAUGGUCUACUCUUGCGUCACCGGAUCGUGCGCUUCGGCCGCGCCGGGGCUGCUGCUGCUGGGCUCCUCUCCGUCUGCUCGGAAGGCGCACAGUCCGGAUCUCAGCCAGCUGCUGCCGCCACCCCGGACGGCCAAGGGCCAGAUGAGAGCGGAUCUGGAGAACGACGAGGACGAAGACGACGAAGAUCUGGGUGGCGGCAGCAACAACAACGGAGUGGCCCCGGAUUCCCCGAGCUUCAUUUCCAGUUUCCUGAAUGGCUCUGGGACGAAGCGGCUGCCCCAGGCAGUGAUCAUCGGAGUGAAGAAGGGCGGGACUCGGGCGCUGCUUGAGUUCCUGAGGGUCCACCCGGACGUGCGGGCGGUGGGCGCCGAGCCUCACUUUUUUGAUCGCAACUACGAGCGAGGACUCACCUGGUACAGGGAAUUGAUGCCAAGAACUCUUGAUGGCCAGAUCACCAUGGAGAAGACUCCCAGCUACUUUGUCACUAAGGAAGCACCAGCUCGCAUCUCCGCUAUGUCGAAGGACACCAAGCUCAUUGUGGUGGUGAGAGACCCGGUCACCCGAGCCAUUUCUGACUACACGCAAACCCUUUCCAAGAAGCCAGACAUCCCCACCUUUGAGAGCCUGACCUUCAAAAACAGGACUACGGGCCUGAUCGAUACCUCCUGGAGUGCCAUCCAGAUUGGCAUUUAUGCCAAGCACCUGGAAAAUUGGCUCCUGUACUUCCCCCUCAGGCAGAUCCUUUUUGUCAGUGGGGAGAGACUGAUCAGUGAUCCAGCAGGCGAGUUGGGCCGGGUCCAGGACUUUCUAGGCCUCAAGAGGAUCAUCACAGACAAACAUUUCUACUUCAACAAAACCAAGGGGUUCCCAUGCCUGAAAAAGGCCGAAGGCAGCAGCAAGCCCCACUGCCUGGGCAAAACAAAAGGACGGACCCACCCCGACAUUGACCGGAAAGUAGUGCAGAGGCUGCGAGAGUUCUAUCGGCCGUUCAACAUGAAGUUCUACCAGAUGACCGGCCAUGACUUUGGCUGGGAUUGACGGCACUUCCAAGCAUUGAUCCUGUCUUUCAGCUUGCUUUCCCCCCACCUAUGUAGAUAGGUCUAUAUGUAAAAUGUACAGAAAUCUAUUUUAUAAUAAUUUAUUUUUUAAUUCUUAAGCAAUUAAUUCACUAAGCUGCCUAACCCCACUGUAGCUCAUAGCUGUGUUCUUGUUUAUUUUGAACAUCCCACCAUGCUGAAUCCUGCCCGGUUCCUUGUGGUCUGGGUUCGGCUUGUGCUGGAAAGUGCUUCCAGGUGUUUUCCCAGGAGAACUUUUAAUGUUAAAAAUAAAAAAGGGGGGAGGGGGAGAUGAUGGUUAAGAGACAAUGAGAAAAGCACAAUCUUUAUUAUAAUUAUAAUUAUUCUUUUUUUUUCCGAUACGGGUACUAGGCAUGUCAAAACAAUUUUGUACAAGGCCCUUCAUAUUGCAUCUCUGGGCUUUCUUCCUUCCUAGGUCAAUCCACAGACAUUUGUAUUUUUGUUGACUUGGAAACAGCCUGGAAGUAAAAAAAAAAAAAAAAAUUAAGCCUGAGGCAGUUGCCUUCACGGCUGGGUGUGGCAUAUGCACAGAAGGAAACAGUGUCCAGCUAUGGAGCUGUUGCUGCCUCCUGUUCCCCAUCUUUAUUCGCCAAAUCUUAGCAUUCUUCCCCUUCACAGAGGCUUUGCGACAUGGUAGAGCUCCAAAGUGAACACCUACAAUUUCUCUGAUCUCUUGCUUUUUGGAUGGGGGAACAAUGCGGAUUUAGUCCAGCUUGAACUUCUUCCUGCUGAAGAAAUGUGAAGUGCUUACUUGGGAGACUGCAAACGACACAGUAUUUAAAUUUUUUAAAGCUUAGUUUUCAAACUGCUGUUACAGAAGAGGAGGGUGAGGCCUCCGUUUGUUUUCUGAAUCCCACUUUGAUUCUUAGAUUAUUUCUCACAAAGACGGCUCAUCCUGCAAGUGGUGUCCUAUCCCACGAAACAAGCUAAUGCCUUUAGCUCAUUGCCACAUUCAACCCAUAUGGGUCUUCCUUCCCUCACAGAGUUGGUUUAAAUAUAAGCACAAAAGCACAGUAUUAGAACUCAAUUUAAUAAAUCUUGCUAAAUGGUAUAGAUCAGAGCUGAAUGCACACUUUACAAAACUUGCCGAAAGAGGCACUGGAGAUGGAUGGAUAUUCAGGAAGUAUCGUUUAUCCAAACCUCACCAAAUAAUUCCACAAAUCCUUCAGCUAUCUUCUGUGUAUAUACCCAACAGCACUGUCCUGCGAUGAAUGUCAGAGUGAGUUUCUUCAGGGUGGCCACUUCUGUGAGACAAAGCCCAUUGCAGAUUGAGAGGAUUUGUCACUGCUUGCUUGCUCAAAAGUUUUGUUCUCCAUAUGUGUGAGACUGAGUGCAUUACUGUGCGGAGUCAAAAUAAGUUCUUAAAGUUCCGAAGACAAAUAUGGAUCAGAUUGGGUGGGAUUAUCAGAUUUAUUCUUACCUUGAGAAAUAAUUGGAUAUAGUGAGUGACUCAAUGAAAAAAUUGAUCUGAGGGAAUCCUCAGAAGUAUACCUGUAUACCCUGCCAAUACAUAUGCAAACUCAUUUAUACACACUGGCCAAGGGCAUAGAUUUUUUCUGUAAAUAUCCUUUAUUUUGGGCAUCCUUGAUCUUGAGGAAUUUACUAUAUCAUCUGAUGGAAAACAGCACUAUAGUAAAGAAGACAUUUGGACCAAUCUUCUUCUCAUUAGAAGAUCCUGCAUAUAUGGCCACCAAAAUACACUUCCAUUUAACUCUGAUAUGUAUUUGAUAGCCACAUGGCUUUCUCAUACAGUCAGUCAAGCAACAUCCUUUGUUCUGGAACGUUGGAGUGAUUUUUAAUUUCUAGGUGCCUUGUUUUCCAUUUCAAAAGCUGUAUUUUUUUUAUUUUUGGAUUGGACUGCUGAGCGAAUGCUUGGUCUUUCCUAUCUCUUCUUGGAAUGGGUUAAGGAUACUUCCCUAGUUGCACAAAGCAUAGUAGGUAUGGUAUCCAUAUACCUUGUUUUUUUGUGUGUGUUUUUUGAGUGAUGAUAUUGCCAUCAAUUCACUGUUAAAACAUUAAACUGCUAAUCGUGGCUGAACAGCCCACUCAAUGGAAACCUUCUGAAACCAAUUAAUUGAAGAGGCCUUACCUAAAUAUUAUAGUAGCCAUGAGGGGCAUGUAUCAUAUGAUAUUUGAACUGCAUAGAUAAUAGUCUUCAUAAAAUAUUGCCAAUUUUUGUUCCAUUCGCAAGAGCAUAUACAUCAAAACUUGGAGGUGUGGUUAGAUGUCUUUUUACCCUAUAACAUUAAUUUAUGGCUGAGUUCCAUUCAGCACUGCAGUAUGUCCCAAUAUUAGCAAUAUUUCUGAGUUUGCUAUAACACAUUAUGGCUUAGAAUGGUACAUGUGUAAAAGGAAACGAAUGACAAGCAAAAACUGUAAAUUGAAUAUUUUGUGGUAUGUACAACACAAAUUAAUUUUACACAGAGGUUUCUAGGAAAAUGGAAUUCUGAUUCAUACUAUUUGAAGAAAUAAAAUAUAUUUUACCAAAUCA